CAAACUAUCUACAUUCGAAAUUGGAACUAACGCUGCAUCCCGGGAGCUGGAUACGGAAGUUAGUUAUCUGUUAAGUACCAACUACGUGCUAGACUCUGGCGUUAUAAUGGUAUACAAGACCUACUCUCUUCACUUAAAGACCUCAGAGACAAUGUAGGAAGAAAGACAAGUCAAGGAGAAAAUAAGCCAAACUUGAAGUUAGUCAAGGCGAGACCGCAAGGAGGAGCUGACGAGUAGGGGAACACAGAGGUGAAGGAACACUUUCCUGCAAGAAGAAAGAAUAAUCAAUAUCUGGGAAGGAAAAGAAUGUUAAGGAAAAGUAAAUCUUUAAUUUUUAAAUACUUUCUUAAUCUCAUGAAUGGAGCUUUCUUGGUUCUUGGACUUUUACUGAUGGGAUUUGCUGCAUGGCUUUUACUAGAUAGAAAUAAUUUUUUUACUGCUCUAGAUGAAAAAAAUCACUUGAUAGUAUAUAUUUUUCGAAUUUUGAUUGGAACUGGAUCAGCUAUUGUUCUUCUUUGUCUCUUGGGUUAUUUGGGAAUUCACUAUGAAAUCAGAUGGCUCCUAAUUCUGUAUGCAGUACAGUUAAUAGGGGCUUUUGGUGUUCAAGUUGUACUUUCAGCACUCAUCUUCACAAUGAAAGAGGAGGUUCUCCAAGUUUGGCAUGAUGAAAUUGAUUUAGUCAUUUCUCAGUAUGGAUCUAAAGAUAUGCCUGAAGACAUACCAAAGUGGACUAUUCUGAAUGUUUUACAGAAAACAUUACAGUGUUGUGGCCAACACAAUUACACAGAUUGGAUAAAGAAUAAGAGUAAAGAAAAUUCAGAACAAGUGCCAUGUUCUUGCACAAAUUCUACGUUAAGUAAGUGGUUUUGUGAUGAGCCACUGAAUGCAACUUACCUACAGGGUUGUGAAACUAAAAUCAACACAUGGUAUCAAGCUAAUGCUUUAACAUUAAUUGGAAUUAACUUUGGACUUUUGGUUUUAGAGGUUUUGCAAGUCUCAUUAAGUAUCUCUUUCUCCAGACAUAUCAAGAAUAGAAUAUAUACAGAAAUAUGAUCUUUAGAUUUUAA